AUGCCUCCUCCAUCUCAAUCUCGACGAACAAAACGCACCCGCAAAAACGGCCCCGGCAAAUCCAACAAACCCGCCGUUCUUCCCCCACCUAUUUCACCACCUUCCCCCCCUCUUCCCUCUCCACCCCAACGACCCCAGGAUCCCCGCUACUCAUUAACCUACAUCCUCAACUCCUCCACCCCACCCAUCCACCACCACAGCAACCCCACCCGUUCCCUCCAAAGUCUCCCUAACAAAGUACGCCAUCUAAUCUGGAGCUACGCGCGUUCCCGCACCAUCCGCAUCACCAUCUCCGAUGAUCUCAUCUACAGUCGCUCGCCCAGCCCCAUCACCUUCCGCAUUAAUCGGGAAUCUCGCUCCGCGACAAUAAACCACUAUUCUGUUCAUCCACACUUUUAUAUCCUGGAUACGCAACACAAGAACAAGAGGAUUCACUAUCCAUGUUUUGAUCCUAGUGUUGAUAGCGUGGUAUUGAGUGAUAUUCCUAUGGAUUACACUUCUGCUCUGAGUAGUACCAUUUUUGGACUCUAUGACUCGGGCACGAGAGAGGUUGCAUAUCGAAAGAGAGAAGUGCUAGAUUAUGAACAUUUGGAUGUUCUGCAAUCUUUGCAUAUUCCAGCACGAGCAUGGGAUUGGAACCGAAUUCAAAGAGCGCCAAGAACGGAGAUCAGGUUUCGAAAUUUGACGGAGAUUGUUUUGCAGGGCGGAGCGAUGGGGUUGAGGACAAAGAGAGAUGUGAAGAAGUGUAGGGAGUUCAUUAGAGGUUGUUUUGAGAGAAGCGUUGGGGAAAUUGCCGAGGAAGAGAAAAUUGUCGAUAUGGAUGGCAUGCAAUUUGCGAGUCAUGGGAUGGCGAGAAAUGCGAGGACUGCGAAUAUGGGCAUCAAAGUUCCGGGGGUGAGGGUCAUUAUGCCUAAUGGCCUGGACCAUGAAUGGAUGUUCGAAGAAGAUCAGUUGGGGAUGGAAUCGAUUGAAGAGCGGACAUGGGUGAUGAAUUUUAUUAGCAAGGUUAAAGCAGGUCGUUGA